AUGGAUACGUUCGUUGACUCGAGUUGGUAUUACAUGCGCUUUGUCGAUCCGGAGAAUGAUGAGGCACCAUUCUCGAAGGAGAAGACGUCGCUCCUCCCAGUCGAUCUUUACGUUGGUGGUAUAGAGCAUGCAAUUUUGCAUCUUCUUUACGCGCGAUUCAUCUACAAAUUCCUGAUGGGCUCCUCUCUCGGCCCUGCAGAACCACCAGGUACCGUCCAUGAGCCAUUUACCCGCCUCAUCACGCAGGGAAUGGUACACGGAAAGACCUUCAUUGAACCAUCGAAUGGUCGGUUUUUGAGGCCUGACGAGGUCGAUUUGAGUGACCCAUCCACUCCGAGGGUGACUGCUACUGGAGACCCGGCCAUCAUUAGCUACGAGAAGAUGUCCAAGUCCAAGUUCAACGGGGUAGAUCCCACAGAAUUCAUUGCAAGAUACGGGGCUGAUGCCACCAGAGCACAUAUGCUAUUCCAAGCACCCGUCAACGAUGUGGUCAACUGGGACGAGGAUAAGAUCUCGGGAGUCACACGCUGGCUUGGUCGGGUGCAUGACUUGGCGAAAACCACGUCCGCGCCCAAAGAUAUCUUGAAAAAAGACGCGACCGAGCAUAUCAAGGCUUGUGCGUCGAGAGUACAGGAUAUGAAAGGUCCCCAGCUCACACAAUGGGACAUCGACACUGGUGUUUGGCGGGACGUACAGAACACGAUAAUCUCAGUAACGAGAUCGUUCCAUGAGGUGUACUCCCUCAACACUGUUAUCUCCGACCUCAUGAUCCUCUCCAACACAAUCGCUUCUCAGACAAGCGCCACCGAGGUUAUCCGUGCCGCUGCAGUCUCGACGCUCGUCAGAAUGCUUGCUCCUGUCGCACCAGCAAUUGCUUCCGAGUGCUGGGAGAGCCUCGGGGCGCGUGAGUCACUCUUUUCCGGCUCAGUGCCAUUCCCUGUGCCGGACGGAACGCUCUCCCUCAUGAAGCCCAGGGAGCAAUCCUGUGCGGUGCAAAUCAACGGGAGGGUGAGGGACGUCUUGGAGAUUCCCGUACCACCAGAGGGCAUGGGGCGGGAAGAAGUGGAGGCGUUGGUUGUAGAUGAAAUCUUGCGGAAGGCCGGAGGCAAGAAGCUGCCGGCCGUGGAGGACCUUCGCGCAGCUAAGAAAAUCAUUGUCGUCAAGAACGGCAAGGUUGUGAAUUUCGUGCUGUAG